CUAUCACACUUUACCCUCUGUUGUGUUGUGUGUCUUCCCUUUUGUGUUCCAGUUUUUAUUUUCAGCCGCCAUGUGCGGAAUCCUCGCAGUGUUGGGUUGCGUCGACAACUCUCAGGCCAAGCGCGCUCGCAUCAUCGAAUUGUCUCGCAGGUUGCGGCAUAGAGGUCCUGAUUGGAGUGGCAUAGAUUGCUAUGAGGAUUGUUACCUAGCUCAUCAACGCCUUGCUAUUGUUGACCCUACUUCAGGGGACCAACCUUUGUACAACGAAGAUAAGACUAUUGUUGUCACUGUAAAUGGGGAGAUAUACAAUCACAAGCAAUUGAGACAGAAACUGAGUUCCCAUCAAUUUCGAACUGGUAGUGAUUGUGAAGUGAUUGCCCAUCUUUAUGAAGAAUAUGGAGAAGAAUUUGUUAAUAUGCUGGAUGGGAUGUUUGCCUUUAUUCUUCUUGAUACCCGCGAUAAAAGUUUUAUUGCUGCUCGUGACGCUAUUGGCAUUACCCCUCUAUACUUGGGUUGGGGUCAUGAUGGAUCAACAUGGUUUGCAUCUGAAAUGAAAGCUCUGAGUGAUGAUUGUGAGAGAUUCAUUGCUUUUCCUCCAGGGCAUAUAUAUUCCAGCAAACAGGGAGGAUUAAGAAGGUGGUACAAUCCACCGUGGUUUUCAGAGGAUAUUCCAUCAACUCCCUAUGAUCCAAUCCUUUUGCGUGAGACCUUUGAGAGGGCUGUAGUUAAGAGACUGAUGACUGAUGUACCUUUUGGAGUUCUUUUGUCUGGAGGAUUGGACUCAUCACUUGUUGCUUCUGUGGUCAAUCGUUAUUUGGCUGAAUCUGAAACUGCUCGACAAUGGGGAUCACAGUUGCAUACUUUCUGCAUUGGUUUAAAGGGUUCUCCUGACUUGAAAGCUGCAAAAGAGGUAGCAGAUUAUCUUGGUACUCGUCACCAUGAACUUUAUUUCACAGUUCAGGAAGGUAUAGAUGCACUUGAAGAAGUCAUUUACCAUAUUGAAACAUAUGAUGUAACGACUAUCAGAGCAAGUACGCCAAUGUUUCUUAUGUCCAGAAAAAUUAAAGCCUUGGGAGUGAAAAUGGUUCUUUCUGGAGAAGGUUCAGAUGAAAUAUUUGGAGGUUACCUGUACUUUCACAAGGCACCUAACAAGAAAGAGCUUCAUGAAGAAACAUGUCAAAAAAUUAAAGCUCUUCAUCUUUAUGACUGCCUGAGAGCCAAUAAAUCAACUGCAGCAUGGGGUGUAGAGGCACGUGUACCAUUCUUGGAUAAAGAAUUUAUCAACGUAGCCAUGAGUAUAGAUCCGGAGUGGAAAAUGAUAAGGCCUGAUCUUGGAAGGAUAGAGAAGUGGGUGUUACGCAAUGCAUUUGAUGAUGAUAAGAAUCCAUAUUUACCGAAGCACAUAUUGUACAGGCAGAAGGAACAGUUCAGUGAUGGGGUUGGUUACAGCUGGAUUGAUGGCUUGAAGGAUCACGCUAACAAACAAGUCACAGAUGCAACGAUGAUGGCUGCCAAUUUUAUUUACCCUGAAAACACUCCUACUACAAAAGAAGGAUACCUCUACAGGACAAUUUUUGAGAAGUUCUUUCCAAAGAAUUCAGCAAAGGCAACAGUGCCUGGAGGUCCUAGUGUGGCAUGCAGUACUGCAAAAGCUGUGGAAUGGGAUGCAUCAUGGUCCAAAAAUCUUGAUCCUUCUGGUCGUGCAGCGCUUGGUGUUCAUGCAGCUGCAUAUGAUGGUGCAGUGGAUACAACCAAAAAUGGACCCCUUUAAGGGCCCAUAAUACAUUGUCAAGAAAAAAAAAGAAUGUGUGCAACAAACUGUCAAGUGGGGAUUUAAAUUUCAAGUAGAUGAAACUAAUGAAAAGUGGAGUUGUUUUUAUUUACAGGUUAAAAUAAUAUGUAGGUCUUGAACUGUUUGGAUUAUUUUAAAUAAAUAUCUAUAUUUAAAAUUUUGUUAUUAA